AUGGGCGCCAGGGGGGCCGCUGCUGGGGCCGCUGCUGCUGCUGUUGCUGCUGCUGUUGCUGUUGCUGUUGUUGCUGCUGUUGUUGCUGCUGUUGCUGUUGCUGUUGCUGUUGUUGCUGCUGUUGUUGCUGCUGUUGCUGUUGUUGCGCCGGAGGGGGGGCCGCGGCGGCGAGCCAAGCCAACACAACUCCCAGAACCACCCAACCCCGUAAACUACCUCCCUGAGGACGAAGAGUUAAGCCGACCCCCGUCCGUAAAAGAGUCGGAACCGGGGGCGGGUGGUUCCGGGUUGCCUGCUUUGUUCAAAAGCAGCAGCAACACCAAAAUCAUCAUCAUCAUCCUCAUCUUCGUCGUCGUUGUCGUUGUCUUCGUCGUCUUCUUCGUCGCUGCUGCUGCUGUCGUUGGUGCUGGUGCUGGUGUUGUUGUUGUCGUCGCUGCUGGUGCUGCUGUCGGUGAUCUGAACAACAAUGCCUCGCUUAUUUCAGGAAGUUGCAGCACUAUUCCUGCUUCAUUCAACCCCAUCGUUGGGAAGGUGCUAUUACGUAUCAGAUAG